CAGCAUCCAGGCGGGAGAGGUGUCCAGCGCUCCCUACUGCCGCCACUUGCUAAAUGUAAAUCAGUGACCAUCCGGGAACUAGUGCGCUGCUUAUUACGAAAACACUACAUAUUUUCAUCAACUCUGAAGGUUUCAAAAGUUUGUGAUAUAUAUAUAUAGUGGUGAUACAGACUGUGAGAGUCAGGCAAAGAGUCAGGCCUCCCGAGCUCCAUAGUGUGGAGAGACAACUCUCAUUAAAAAAGUUUGUUUGCGCAAUAUAAGAGCGGACCAACACUGCCAGCACAGUGGAGCUCCGCCACAUGCAACAUUACCAGCUGCGGCCUGAUAGUACGAGGACCACCAUGGCGUCCCGGCCACCUGGAGAGUGGAGCGAUGGGCAGUGUGUGUAUAGUGAGGGUGUGUAGGUGAGGCGGGACACUCCGUGGGGGGUGGUGUGUGCUGACAGCAGUAGCCAUGGACGGCCACAGAAGCGGGGAUCUGACGGCGCUCCAGUAUAAUCAGCGGUCAUCGCGCUCCCUUGGGCGAUGUUCAAUCUGCUGUUCUCGCCUGGUGUCCAUGCUGUGUUCCAACAUUGGCGUGUGUGCCCUGGUGCUCCUGUACACCGUGGCUGGCGCCUUCCUCUUCACCACCAUCGAAGGUGGGGACAUGGCACUACAGCUCGACCCACACAACGACCAUCCGGCCCCUCCCCGGGACUCGGCGGUCAUGGAGUCCAUCCGCCAACACGCGCGCGGACUCCGUCACGAGACAGUCGAGCACUUGUGGACUAUCACAGAGUCUCUCAACAUCCUGUACCGCGACAAUUGGACCCGAGUUGCAGAACAGGAGCUGCUCAAGUUCAGUGAGAAGUUGCUGACCAGACUGCACGAGCAACAACCUGCGCCCAACCCGGCGCCCACCACAGCUCAAGCAUCCUACCAGUGGACCUUCGCUGGCUCCUUCCUCUACUCCCUCACCGUCAUCACUACUAUAGGUUACGGCUCAGUGGCGCCACAGACGGUGAUGGGCAGAGUUGUUACCAUCAUCUACGCCCUCCUCGGCAUCCCCCUCAUGCUCCUCUACCUCUCUUCAGUAGGAGACCUGUUGUCCCGGGCCCUCAAGUGGUUGUGGUGGAGGAUGUGCAGAUGUCGCCGGCGACCCCCAGUCUCCAGAGCCAACCACCAGCCCCCAGCCCCCUACACCACCGUCGACCCCACCAAGAGGAAGUGGGGCGGCGACUGUGGCGAGAGCAGCAGCGGUGGCGAGGAGUACGGUGACGGGGAGACUGGUGCCGUCCCUGUCACCCUCUGCCUGGUGCUCAUGAUCACAUACAUCUGUGGGGGCGCCGCUGUCUUUGCCUACGCCCACCAGUGGUCCUUCCUACACGCCAUCUACUUCUGCUUUUCUUCCCUUACCACCAUCGGCUUCGGGGACCUUGCGCCGGAGACAACACCUAACGUGAGCACGGGUGUUCAGGUAGCACUACUGGGAGCGGCUUUUUACCUGCUGGUUGGGAUGGCACUCAUCGCCACCUGCUUCAACCUCAUGCAGGAGCAAAUGACUAAUCGUGGCUACGGCCUCGGGCGACGUCUUGGGACUCUCAUGGCCACCAGCAACAGCGGCAGCAACCACCGCUUCCACCUGGACGACACCUGACAUAUGGAGACGGUGGCGCUCUUUACCUACGGUUCCGGCUGCACACCUAAGCAUUCUGGCAGCAAACCUCCGGCUCUUACCCAGCCUUGCUUGGUCAACACCGGUUGUAGUCUGGCUAACAACACCCACGCCCGAUCCAACUCCCUCAGCAACACCAUCUACAAGGUCACACCCACACUGGACGAUGAGAAGCACAUCACCCAUAACAACACCCUCAGCCCCAACCCACGAAAUGCCAGUCCACUUCACUCGCCGGCAGACAUCGCCACCAGUCCCCUGAAGGCAUCCAAUAACAGCGACAAAUGCGACACCAUCUAUGGCACCCUACGCAAGGAGAUGCCCACACUGAAGGCUGUACCGCCGCCCACCAUCCCGCCUUCCUCCAUCACGCCCACACAGACGCCCAUGUUAUCCACGCGAACCAAGAAAACGGUGACCAUCUGCGACUCUGCUGAUAUAGGCAGAGCCAUCAGUCCACUGUCUCCAGAGAGGAUCUGACACGGGCGCUAAAUGUCAGGCACCGACAGCCAGUGUUAGAGGGAUUGGUCAGUGACUUGUGCUCAAACUGUUAUAAACAUUCGCAAAACAUGAUCACUAGGCUCCAUAAAUUUAAAUUAAUAUACAGUUUCCUAAAAUGAAAAAAAAAAAUAUUCAAAACAGUAUCGAUCCCUGUUGUGUCUACAAUUAAUAUGAACAAUUAACAGUACACAACAGACAUUCUUCUUGAAACAAAGAAUAUAGUAUUUGGAAACUGGCAAUCUAUCGGUCAUGCAGAAACAAUACUAAGUGGACGGAAAGAUAAAGACUUUCUAAAAGCAAGGAAAGUUGAAUUAGUAGUAGUGUUGUGGGCGAGAGUGGGAGUGUGGUGGGCAUG